UAGACAAUUGGAUAAAAAGUUGGAAAGUCUAAUACCAACAAUUAAUCCCGAUGUGAUGAUUAUGGAUCAAGUAAUAUCGCUUCCAUCGGUGCUCAAGUCCCAAAUACCCUGGGUUUUGAUCAACAGUUGCAACCCGUUAAUUCAUUUUGAUGGCCAUGAAUUACCACCAGCAAACUCAGGUUUAGCAGCGAUUGGAGCGCAGAAUGAAUGGAAAGCAUUCAGAGAUGAAGCGAAUAGAGUUAAGGCCGGCAUUAGAGACGACUUCAAUCAAUAUCUACUAAACAAUGGAUGCGAAGCAAUAGAUUUUAAAGAUAUACCAUUUUUUAUUAAACAUUCUAAAUAUUUAAAUAUUUACGGCUAUCCAUUGGAAUUGGAUUAUCAGGAUAUGAAACCAUUGCCUCCCAAUUGGCACAGAUUUGAUAAUCUUAAACGUCAGGAAAAGCACAUGAUAUUUGAAAUACCAAUGAAGUUAAGGAACAAAACGGGAAAAUUAGUAUACUUUUCAUUGGGAUCUAUGGGUGCGGCAGAUGUGGACAAUAUGAAGAGAUUAGUCAAUAUAUUGUCCAAAUCUAAGCACAGGUUUAUUGUAUCGAAAGGACCCCUUCAUGACGAGUACUCAUUGGCUGAUAAUAUGUGGGGCGAGGGGUCUGUCCAUCAGAUC